AAACUAAUCCCAGUGAGAGCCUAAGCCUUCGUAAUCAGUGAGAGCCUUCAACAAAAUCAAACCCCAUCCUAAAUAAUCAAAAUUAACCCCAUCCUAAAUAAUUGGAAACCGACGACAGUGCAAAUAAUUCGUUAUGUGUUCGAAGGCGGUGAAGAGGUAAUUCCCGAAGGCGUCGAUUAGUUUAUGUUCGAAUAGACGCAGUGCAGAAGAGUUCCGAAUUGACGACAGUGCAUUCGAAGGCGUCGAUUAGCUUAGGAAUUUUAAGGCGUUACAAUGCAUCUGAGCAAGUAGGCUCUCUCCGGCACCGUCCCCCGUGCCUCCGUCAUCUCCAGCCGCUAGGUUUUUCUGUUUCUUUUUCGUUGAAAGGAGGAUUGUUAAAAGCUGAUAAUAUAAGUUGAAAAUCUACAGACUACUGUGGUGGUUGGAUUGAAUUAUUUGGCCACACAGAGGGGUAGAAGGAUAUAGAGUAGAGGCAAAUGGCAGAAGGAGCUGAAGAGGACUUGCCAAGGGAUGCAAAGGUGGUGAAAACCCUACUCAAAUCAAUGGGUGUUGAAGAGUACGAACCACGUGUGGUCCACCAGUUCCUGGAGCUUAUGUAUAGGCAUGCUGUUGAUGUGUUGAUGGAUGCACAGGUGUACUCGGAGCAUGCUGCCAAGACUGUGAUAGACUCUGAUGAUCUCAAGCUUGCAGUUCAGUCUAAAGUUAAUUUUAGCUUUGCUCCACCCCCUCCCAGAGAGGUCCUGUUAGAGUUGGCUCGAAGCAGAAACAAAAUUCCUCUUCCAAAAUCAAUUUCAGGACCUGGAAUCCCACUGCCUCCUGAACAAGAUACCUUGAUCAGCCCCAACUAUCAACUUGCUAUUCCCAAGAAACGAACUGCUCAACAUGUGGAAGAAACUGAGGAGGAAGAGGGUUCCGAUCCUAAUCCCGCAUCUAACCAAAACCAAAAUCUUUCCCAAGAUCGGACAGAUGUGCCUCAAGAGGCUCCUCAGCGAGUCUCUUUUCCCCUUGGAGCUAAACGACCAAGAUGACACUCUUGUCACCUUCCACCAUCUUUUAGUUGCAAGGAGUCUGAAGAAAACCUUUUGCUAUUUUGCUGUAACUAGUUAGAGCUUAUGUUGUGCUAUAAUGUUAAUUUUAUUGACAGAACCUAAUCUUUUUCGUGCACUUUCUGAAAGGCAAUUAUGCCCAAGAACAUAUAUAUAGCAUAAGUUAAGGUGUCCUCAUGUCUGAUAAUCUAACUCCAUUUCUUCUCUA